GCUAUCAAACACCCUAUAUAUAAAUAUUCCUCAUUGAUUUUAACAUACUAACACGAUUAGCUGCGUGCCAUGUGUAGUUACUACUCUCCAGGCUGCAUUCGAAAACGUCACUCGGAUACUCUCUUUCUUUCUUUAUCUCAUUUUUAUAUCUGUCCUGCUUAUUGGCUAUAUGUUAUCUAAACUAUCUGUGCGACAGGCAUUUUCGCGUCUUGUACCUUUCUGUAGUUUCUUGUAGAAACCAUUUUUUUCUUUCUCCCUAAAGCAUAGAAAAACUACUUUAAUAUUUUGAUAUUCAAUUGUUAUUAAUAUAAGAAAAAAUGUCCUGACGCCGCCGUCCGCCACUGCCGCCGGUAAAUUAGUAUACGCUGAUACCGCCGCCGCCGAUAACGAAAAUUUUCGACGAAUCCGCCGCCGCUGACUAAUUUUCCAUCGCCGCCGGCGAUAUUAAAUUAAUGGCGCAGGGGUCUAUUUUGGGGACUCGGCUCCAUCACGUGCUGCAGUGUUCAAUUGGUUUGCCGAAUUUAAACGUGGAGGCAAAGUUUUAAAGACGAGCCACGCUCUGGGCGUCCUCAAACGGACAAAAAUAUUGCUGCUGUAAAAAAACUAAUGAAAGAAGACCGGCAAAUAGCUUAUGGGAAAAUAGAAGCGAUCCUGAAAAUCGGAUCAACUGCAGCGCAGACGAUAAUUAUGGAUCACCUGCAUCUCACAAAGCGAUGCAGUCGUUGAGUGUCACAUUUGUUUACGUCUGAGCAAAAGGAAAAGCUGGUCGAUAUCGUUAUAUGCUGCAAAGGUUUAGAAAAGGGCAAAGAACGUUUGUAAUAUUAUAUCGUCAUAGAUGAUGAAACUUGGAUAUGUUAUUAUGAUUCAGAAAUAAAAUAGCAAUUGGUGUUUUCAAAAUGAAACCAUAAAAAAUGUAAUAACAACGGAGCGUAGAGAAAAUUAUGAUCUUUCUUCACAAAAGCAGACCAUAUAGUGAUUGUUCCAUUAGAACGCACUGUGACAGCAGAGUGGUAUCUUACGCACUGCCUUCCGAAAGUCUUUGAGGCGCGGGCUUCUACAUAUCCAAGGUCGAUACUUCACCAUUUCAUUCUGACACGACAAUGCACGUCUCACACAGCGGCGAGAAUUUAGGAGAUUUUGCAGGAAAAUCAAGUUCGAGUCCUAUCCAUGGUUGCCACCUCUUCAGUUUUCGCCCGAAAUCUCCAGGCGAAACACAAAAUCUCCGGCUUUCUGGUUCAAGAGAAAAAUCUCCGAGUCAUAUGAUACUUCCGAGCAAAGCCUGGCAUAGAGGUGGCACCCGUGGUCUCAUCUCAUCUAUUUACUCUCCAAAUUUUAUUCUUUGCGAUUUCGCAUUGUUCCCAAAAGUGAAAGGAAAGCUUUGGGGACGUCGAUUUGAAACAUCAGAAGAAGUAUUUGCAACUUACAAUGAGGAAGUAUCGAUGGUGUCAAAACAAGAAUGGAAUAAAAUAUUUAAUAACUAGUUUUUGAGAAUGCACAAGUGUAUUGAUGCUCAGGAAUUUUGAAAAAUUGUAAUAUGUAUUGUUUAAAUAAAUUCAUUUGUUUAAGAAUAUCUAAAAACUUUCAACAUAACCUUCGUAAGGCUUUGAUUAAGUACUUAUAGACACUGUCAGCCAAAAGGUUAAAAAGCGUAAAGGAAUAAAGAUAAAUAAAUGUUCUCACCUGCAAAUAUCUUAUAUCAAAGAACGAUAAAAUUAAAAAAGUAUUUGUUUUUUAUCCUUAUAAAGUGACUCCUUCAAAACUUACAUUUUGAUACAUCUCAACAUAUAUGGAGUCCAUCUCUAAUAAUUUAACUUGUAAAGUGCAAAUGAUGCUUAUACAGGGUGGGAGGUUAUAAGUUGACAACCCGAAAUGUGAAGUUA